AUGGAGUUGGAAUUAGGUGCACCUCUGACUAGAUCUACUCCAGAUACAACUACCCAACAACUACAACACAAACGAUCAUUCUUAUCUAAAUUGAGACGAACACCUUCUUCUGUAUCGACAUCGACAUCACCUUACGGUCAACCCGUGCAUGCUGCAUCGACUUCAGCAGUGAUUACUCCCUCGACACGACCAAUUAGUACGGUGAAAAAGAACCAAGUUGGUGUUCCCAUCAUGAUGGGUAUAAACCGCUCAGAGGAGAUAUUCGGUCCUUCGACAAGUAUAAAACAUGGAUUUGGGAUCGAAGAUGAACUGGAAUGGGAAAGGGUCAGGACGCUACCAAGAGUUAGACUAGUACCACCUCCUGAAGAACAAACCGAACCAAUAAUGUUAUAUCCCCCACCUCGUCCCGCCUCACCACCACCCGUAUUACCUCACCCAUUCCUUUCCCCACCCUCUUCUCCUCCCACCUCACCGCCUAGACUAAGUACCAGACCGUGCUCACCGCCUCAAUCACCACCGCGUCGUCCGCAGAGUAUAUACUCCCAAUCACCCACUUGGGCAGGUAUGGCCGAUGGCUUCGUCCUCCCCCCACCGAAAUUUUCGAGAAACUCGACUGGUUGGUCAUCCACUGCGUUCGGCGGAGGUAACGUCGUCAUGCCCAAGAAGCGUGAACAGGUUGACGAAGAUAGAAGAAAGAGGAUGAGCGAAUACGUUAUUGGUAGUCCGCCUCGUUCACCGCCUGCGAUCGUCGUUAGUGGCAUGAUGAGAAGUUUGGAGAGUCAGGAAGAGAUCGCUGCUAAUAAGAGGAUGAGAGUGGAUCAUGAAGAGCAAGAAUUCGAAAGCGACCAACGAAACCCUCCGCAGAACGUUCUGGACGAUGAGAAGGAACUAACAGCUUCUCCGGUUGAUAUGGAUAUCGAUCAGAUACCGACCCCUCCCCCUGUCUCAGAGGUCGACAUCAACAUUGCACAAUCUGCUUCAGUAGCUGCUAUUCCUUCAAGAAGCACAACUGUUCCAGUUCCUCAGCUCACUGCUACCCCUUCGUCACCAGCCAAGACGCCCAUACCCAAAGCCAUACGAAGAUCGAGAGCCCUCUCGCUAUCAGCUGCUUUCUCCUCGUCUUCAACUCUGAAAAACGUCCAAGUACCUCCUCUUCCCGACCUCCCUUCCAGACCGCCUAUACGAAAACAAAAGUCGUUGAAGAAAUUCUUCUUCAGGUCGUCUACACUUCCCGACGCUGUAGGAGCUAGCGCAUCUGCGCCGCCCGUACCAGGCAUUCCUCUUCAAGAACGAAAGCCUACUGAGGAAAAUAAGCCCCCGAAAGAAGAGAAGGAGAAGUCUUUCAAGGGAAAGAAAAUCUUACAAAGAGCGAGAUCAAAACCUUCACUCAAGAUAGAUGUCAAAGUCGCUAAACCUUCUUCAUCUUCCGCAAGUCCAUCACCGACUACACCGGCACUUACGACUGGCAAGGCAGAUAUCUCAACAUCAUCGUCCGUCAUGACAACUCCUUCGUCUGCACCUGCCCAACAUAGAGGUCUGAGCAAGAGAUUCUCACUGUCCAACAUGUCUCAGGCGUUCAAGAAGAAGUCGCAUUCUACACCUGUAUCCGCUACUACAUCUUCCGGCUCGCCGGUGCCGAUGGUCCCUGAUAUACCAGAAGCGUUCAAGAAGAACAAGGACAGUAGGGAUAUCAAAGGAAAAGGAAAAGGAAAAGCGAUCGAAUCUGCUUUACCUAUAAGUCCGAGAAAGUCGAAAACACUAGAUACGGAUAACAACGAUGAUGUGUUGACGCCUACUGGAUUACCUAGAAGAAGUGAAUCGUUGAAGGCUAUCCAAUCACUCACCUUUUGUCAAGAGGACGAUUCUGCGGUUGAAGAAUCAGUAGACCAACCUAUCUCGACAGCGGGUGUGAUUACGGAUGAACCCCAAUCGUUGUUACCCGCUUUCGAAGUUUCUUCCGAAUCUCAAGCUUCAUCAACCUCAACUCCAGUGUCACAUUCAGAUAUAUUAUCAGAAUCACCCAUUCAGUCAGUCAAGUCAAUCUCAACGGUUGACAUCGACGACGUUGAUAACGAUAUUGAUCACGAAGAAGAGGAUGACGAACAUGAACUUGCACAUGCGCAAUUGAUGCAUGUCUCCCCCCGGACCAGAAGAGAUCCAUCACAAUCUUUGUCAUUACAGGAAUUCUUAUCUUCUCCACCUGGGAAAACAUCUAAUAUCGUCAUCGUCCCCACGAAGGGUUUAAGGAGAAGUGUAGAAGCUGUUGUAAUGUUGGGUAAUCCCAUGUUGAUGAAUCUCCAAAGUCCUCCUUCCUCAACUGACGAUCAUCAUGUGGAAGUAUCUCGAGAAGAACCAGAGGAAGAGAUGAAAGGGAAGAAAAAGAGAGAAUCGAAAUUGUUUGAAAGAAGAGGUAGUGAGACUGAAUCAGAAGCUGAGGAAUUGAAAACUCCUUUGGAAGAAUCAACUGAGAUCUUCCCUGAUCAACCUGAUCUUCAACAAGAAGAAGAAGAGCCUACACCUAAAGCAUCAUCUUCCCGAAUGACAAACGAGAGACAGAGGGAUGAAGACGAUUGCGAAUACGAUUAUGAUCUCGAGUCAUUACCCAGUGACAUAGUAUUGGUUGAGACUCCCCCAUCAUUACCUGCUGUUCCUCACUCGUCAGAAACUUCGACUAUAAUGAAUGUUACACCGGUAAAUAUGAAAAACCUAUUCGUCUCUCCUGAAGCGUUGUUAAAGAGAUUACAUUCGUCAAGAAGACCCAACCAGGCAACACCUUUUCAACAUACCAAGAAAGGCUCAGCGUCCAAAGAUAGAGAAUCCUUAAUUUUGUUGGGGGAUAUACCACUUCCUCCCUUGCCUGCUUCCGACAGUAAAGAAUUUUCAAGUUUAAGUAAAGAGAUGCAAUUGAGAAGCUUGAAAUUUGAAAGUCUGGGAUUGGAUUUCCAACAAUGGAAUGAAUGGAGUGAAGAGGAUAUCGAUCGUUUGAUCAAGCAUAGUGAAAGUACGGCUUAG